AUGAUGAAUGGCUCCGAUCUCGCCAGCACCACGGCCUCCAGUCCCAAAUCCAAAGAGGACCAAGUGGUGAAUGGCCACGAUGAGAAGGAGAACAACCCCUUUGCAGAGUACAUGUGGAUGGAGAAUGAAGAAGACUUCAACAGGCAGGUGGAGGAGGAGCUGCAGGAGCAGGAGUUCCUGGAUCGCUGCUUCCAGGAGAUGCUGGAGGAGGAGGACCAGGACUGGUUCAUCCCAUCGAGGGACCUGCCCCAGGGCAUGGGGCAGCUGCAGCAGCAGCUCAACGGGCUCUCCGUGGGGGACAGCCACAAUUCCGAGGACAUUCUGAGCAAAAGCAACUUGAAUCCAGACGCCAAGGAGUUUGUGCCCGGUGUGAAGUACUGA